UUACCGUUAAAACGUUUUGCUACGACAUGGAUUAAUGAAUCCACCCCCAGGGUGACAACGCCGAUGACUUUCUAUGAACAUGGCGGCUCAAGAUGAACUCAAUCAACUGGAGCGAGUUUUCUUGCGUUUGGGCCAUGCAGAGACUGAUGACCAACUCCAGGACAUUAUAUCCAAGUUCCUGCCCCCGGUCCUCCUCAAACUGUCCAGCGUCCAGGAGGGAGUCAGGAAGAAGGUGAUGGAGCUACUGGUCCACCUGAACAAGAGGAUAAAGAGCAGACCUUUGAUCCAGCUACCAGUAGAGACCCUCCUGGUUCAGUACCAGGACCCCGCCGCAGCGUCCUUUGUUACGAAUUUCACCAUCAUUUACAUCAAGAUGGGUUACCCUCGACUGGAGGUGGAGAAACGGUGUGAGCUGGCACCUACUCUGCUGACUGCUAUGGAGGGCAAGCCUGAGCCCCAACAGGAUAGCUUGAUGCAUCUCCUGAUCCCGUCCUUGUAUCACAUGAAGUACCCAAAGGACUCUUCCAACACUUCCAAGAUGGCCUCUCCCUUCAUCCUGAUGGAGAAACCCAAGACUGUCCAGUUACUGCUGGAGUUCAUGUUGGACGUACUGCUGAUGCCCUACGGGUUUGUCCUGAACGAGCCUCUCACUCGCCCAGCUCCCUCGUCCCCUCAGGGUAGCUCUGGGGCAGCGGCGGCCGGACCGGGCCUCCCCCAGCCGCCUCCAGGGAUGAGCGUAUACGCUGCCAAGAGGGUCAUCGGAGAGGCCCAGUGGAGCCCAGAGCAGCUGGAACAGUGUAAACUCGGCAUAGUGAAGUUCAUCGAGGCAGAACAGGUACCGGAGGUGGAGACGGUCAUACACCUGGUGGUUGCCUCUAGCGACACAAGACACGGCGUUGCCACGGCCGCGGACCUGGAGCUCAAGAGCAAGCAGAGUAUCAUCGACUGGAACAACCCCCUGAUCGUCAACAGGAUGUACAAGGUCUACCUGGGAGACAUCCCCCUCAAAACUAAGGGGGCCAGUCUGAAGAGGGAGCUGAAACAUGAGCCAGUCAGCACCAGAGUCAAGAUGAAGAUCCUACCACAUCUCUUACUCCGCCUCGCGGCUGAGUGCUUCCCGGCCAACAUACAGGUGGUGUACGACGGUCUGUUUGGCGCCAACACCAACAACAAGCUGCUCUCUCUUACGCUUCAGUUUGUUCACCACAUCUGUCAGGUAUGUCCUGACACCAACAAACCACUGGGUCUGAUGCUGCUGAAUGGCCUCACCAAGCUCAUCAACGAGUACAAGGAGGAUCCUAAGUUGCUGUGUAUGGCCUACUCUGCUGUGGGGAAACUGUCCAGCCGGAUGCCCCAACUCUUCACCAAAGAUAUCGCUCUGGUCCAGCAAUUCUUUGAGGCCAUGUGCAAGGAGGAGCCUGAUGUCCGUCUAGCCAUCCAGGAGGCUCUGUCUAUGAUGGUGGGAGCCUACGCUAACCUACAGGGGGCGCUACUGAACCUGAUGGAAGCCCUGGUGGCAGCCUACAUGGGCAAGCCUGAAGUGCAGGUGCGUCAGGUGGCAAUGAAGUACGCCAGCACGGUAUUCGCUCCUGAUCACGUGCCCUCCAGAUACUUGCUCCUAUUGGCUGCCGGGGACCCGAGAGAAGAGGUGUGCAGCGAGGCCCAGCGUGUCCUGAGGGCUCUGCCUGCUAAGAACUCGGAGAAAGAGGGCCGUAAACCCAUGCCCUCAUUCCCUGACAUGGUGGCCUACAUCCAGGAGAAGGCUGCUCAGAGGAUGAAGACGCCGGCUAAAUACACCGUGGGGACGCACACGCUCCCCUUCAACCCUUCUGCGUUUGGAGAGAUCGUGCUGUACCUGCGGAUGUGUCUGGCCCACAGUGCCGGGGCCACGCCCGUCUCUAAGAGCCUGGCGGACAUGCAGGACGACGCGCCUGCCAUCGGACGCUACACGCUCGCCCUGCUCUCCAACGAACCCCUGACCUCCCCGUCCUCCACUGGAACCAAGGGGGCAGAGGUCAACCCUGUGCAGGUCUACAUGGAGCUACUGCAGCAGCUGCUGUCUGCUGUAGGAGGAGUCCCUGUGAUGUACUGUCUUCUGGAGGUGGUGUCUGUCUGUCCUGACAACCUGGCUCCCAUGUUUAUCCACAAGAUCGACUGGAUCAAGAGUCUAAUGAACACCAACAAGGAGGACCUAAGGGAGCUAGCAGCUCAGCUCUACGCUGUGGUGGUGUCCACCAUGUCAGGAAACGAGCUGAAGACUGCCGUUCAGACACUCAUCAAGAUCACUAAAGAUACACACAGCCCCGAGACCCAGCACGGAGCCAUCAUGGCGCUGGGCUACAUGGUGGCCAGGUACAUGAGCAAGAGGAAGUCCUUCGCUAACGGAGACUCCGCCCUCAUCCGGGAACAGAGGAUGAACGACACGCCCAAGGAGGACGAGGAGCUGGUCGCUAUAGCAACCAAAGCCAUCGGCUCUUUCCUAGACAGUGGUUCCCCUCUGCUGGCUGUCGCUGCCUGUACGGCCCUCGGGGAGAUCGGGAGGAACGGGCCUCUGCUCAUCCCUUCAGAAGGAGAGGGAUUCACCAAACUAGCAGUGGUGGAGAAGAUGCUGGCUCGCAUCCCCUCUGGGAAAGAGACCCUCAAGAUGAAGGAGAGAGCCAUCCAGACUCUGGGUUAUCUACCAGUGGGAGAUGGAGACUUUGCCCACCAGAAGAAGCUGCUGCAGGGGCUCAUGGACUCUGUGGAGGCCAAACAGGUAGAACUACAGUUUACAGUAGGUGAGGCCAUCACCAGUGCUGCUAUAGGGACCAGUUCUGGAGCUGCCAGGGACCCCUGGACCUGUACUGAGGAACAAUACAGUCCCCCAGACAAUGUAGAGAGUAACGAUGUGGUUCCGUGGGUGCUGAACUCUAUCCUGGCUAAGUACAUCCCAAGUCAAAACCCCCACGUCAGACAGGCUGCCUGUAUAUGGCUGCUCUCUCUGGUGAAGAAGCUGCACCAGCACAAAGAGAUCAGGUCUCACCUGAAGGAGAUCCAGACGGCGUUCAUCUCCAUCCUGUCAGACCCUGAUGAGUUGAGUCAGGACGUGGCAUCUAAAGGUCUUGGUCUAGUCUAUGAGAUGGGAGGAGAGGGAGACCAGCAGGAGCUGGUGUCUACACUGGUCGAAACACUGAUGACUGGCAAGAGGGUGAAGCAUGCCGUCUCGGAGGACACAGAGGUGUUCCAGGGAGAGGCUCUGGGGAAAGCACCGGACGGACACGGACUCUCCACCUACAAGGAGCUGUGCUCAUUGGCCAGUGACCUCAACCAACCGGAUCUGGUCUACAAGUUCAUGAACCUAGCCAAUCACCACGCCAUGUGGAAUUCCCGCAAGGGAGCAGCGUUUGGGUUCAACAUCAUAGCAGCGAAGGCAGGAGAGCAGCUCGCCCCCUACCUGCCCCAGCUGGUACCACGUCUGUACCGAUACCAGUUUGAUCCCAACCUGGGCAUCAGGACGGCCAUGACCUCCAUCUGGGAUGCUCUGGUCACUGACAAGAACAUGGUGGAUAAGUAUCUGAAGGAGAUCCUCCAGGAUGUGAUAUCUAACCUGACCAAUAACAUCUGGAGGGCCCGGGAGUCCGCCUGCCUCGCUCUCAACGACCUCAUCAGAGGACGCAACGCCGACGACCUCAUCGACCACCUGGAGGAGAUCUGGGAGACCCUGUUCAGGGUUCUGGACGACAUCAAGGAGUCUGUCAGGAAGGCUGCUGAUAUAACCCUCAAAACACUGAGUAAGGUGUGUACUAGGAUGUGUGAGUCGUCAGGUUUAGCAGCCCAGAGGACUGUAGCUGUUCUGUUACCAACCCUCCUGGAUAAAGGCAUCGUCAGCAACGUGCCUGAGGUCCGCUCUCUCAG